AGUAUCAAAAACCGACAGCGGACAAAUCUUUAAAUAUAUUUUUUCUGAGGGACAAUAAUUGUGAAACGUUUUUGCUAAAAUGUUAAACUACUAACUAGUACUCGAAAAUCUCGCACUACUGUCAUCUGUUGAGGCCGGUGGGCCCUGUUUAUUGUUAGUAAAUGUUUUUAAUCAGAUCCACUGCGGAGACGUUUUCGUACGUAGCGGAAUUGAGCCGUUCGUGAUAUUCGAUUGACCAUGCUUCACUAAUACAGUAGUGCAGAGCCGUCCAUUUGACUGCGACACAUGAAACUAUCAAGAGAAUGUUUUCUAAAAUCACAUUUUAACGCAGGUUUAUACCGCAGGUUGGUCGGCUGCACGAUGCGCGUACCAAACUAUGUUUUCUGGAAAGCUGAUGUGCGCUGCUACUGUCGACGUCGUGACACUGCGGAGCCAUGGGUUCUGGCUGAAAUGUUGGCGGACUGACCUAACCAUUGUAUCAAGGAAAAAGCUGACGAUAUGUUUUGCUCCCAGACGUUGUUUCAAUGUUACUAUCCCGUUGAGAGCGUCAAAAAAUUAUUACGAUGUACUGGGCGUUCCGAGAGAUGCCAAUCCCAAGCAAAUCAAAGACGCUUAUUACAAAUUGGCAAUGAAACACCACCCCGAUAAAAAUCAAGGAGUACUUACUAAGCAGUUUAGAGACAUCAAAGAGGCAUACGAUAUAUUGAGCAAUGAAUCUAGUCGGAUGAAGUACAAUAACAGCAUGGGUACAGGUUCUUCAAAUAAUAAUUAUAGAAAUCAGAAUAGUAGUACAUCUAGUGAUUGGACAUCCAAUUCUUCUUAUGGUCGUUAUAACACAGAUUAUGAAUAUACAUCUAAUAAUAAAAAUUGGUCAAGAACUGAGUACAGUUAUACAAGAAACAGACGUGCUGGAGGCUUUGAUCCACUUAAACCAUUUAAUGUAUUUAUAAACGUAAUUACAGUACCCAAGACUAUUGUAAAAACUCAAAUUGAUUUAAUGUUAUUGAGUUUUAUCAAAAACCGUACAUUAAAAUGGAUUUUGUUUCAUUUAUUUCAAUAUCUAUGGACAUGGGGAUUGAAGAAUUUGAAUUAUAAUGUGCUGAUAUCAUCAUCAUCACCUAACAGUGCAUUAGGAGAGUUCAUCAGGAGUUUGCUCGAAAACCGAACAAUAAGAAUCGAACUGACGGAAUUAGAAGCAAUAAAGGGUAAAGCAGUUAGAGUGAAUGUUAGUGAAAAUGAAAAAGUGCUAGUGGUCAAUAUACCUAAGGGAGUACAAAGAGGUCAAUCAUUCUACUUGUUUUACCUGGUUGACAACGAUAAUAAUGCCAAAUUUAAAGGCUAAAUUUUGUUACCAUUUUUCUGUUUAUUAAUUUUUAUAUAUUAAAAAGUAUUAAUUUACAAAA